AUGCCGGAAUUCUUCCCAGUUGGGAGUACGCAAUGUUUGGCCACUAAGUGCACGUCGUACGGUGUCUAUCAACACACAUGUUGUGGGAUUACCCUGAGCGAAUGCUGUGGAGCCGUCACCAUAGCCGGAUGGGUGUUGGCUGGUGCACUGGUCGCUAUAAUUGUGAUUGUGGUUUUCCUCGUUAUUUGUAAGCGAUAG